AAAUGAAUGACCAGACUCACAGACGUGCCCGUCGAGCCAUAAUGCCGUUUGUUCGGACUAACCACGGCUUGGCCGUUUCAUGAAGGGUCUGGACAGGAUCAAUCAUACGUUGUCUGGUCGCACCGGCCGGACCGCACCAGUCCGCACGAGGCGGACAUUCACGGCAGCCGGGACUGACAUUGUUUAUCUCUGCGCACCGCGUGAGCAGAAAAGGUUUGUGGCUAGAGGAUGAUCGAUGAGGCAGGGAUCAUCUGAUUCCAACGAAAUCUCACGAAUGUAAACUUUAGUCCAGCCACAGGGAGAUAUCAUCGUGUCGGCUUAACCGCAAACCGUCUCUAGUCCACUAUGACAUCUCAUCUCACAACCCUUAAUAACGGCCAAACCAUCCCUGCUAUCGGGCUUGGAACAUGGCAAUCGAAAACCAAUGAAGUCGCUCGUGCUGUCGAACAUGCGCUCAAGGCAGGCUAUAGACACAUUGACUGUGCUUGGGCAUAUGGGAACGAAAAGGAAGUCGGCGAGGGCCUGCGUGCAUCGGGCGUUCCGCGGGAGGAAGUAUUUAUCACCAGCAAGCUUUGGGGCACAUACCAUAGACGUGUUGAGGAAUGCCUCGACCAGACACUCGCGAACCUGGGAACGACAUAUCUUGACCUUUACCUUGUUCACUGGCCUGUCGCGAUGAACCCAAAUGGGAAUCACCCUGUCAUGCCGAUGCGCGCGAACGGUAACCGUGACAUCGAUGAAUCUUGGGACCUUGUAGACACCUGGAAGGGCAUGGAAGCCAUGGUAAAGAAGGGUAAAGUCAAGACAAUCGGCGGGUCAAACUUCUCCCAGAAGGUACUCGAGAGGAUUUUGCCCACAGCUGAGAUCAUCCCGGCUGUUAAUCAGCUCGAAAUCCAUCUGUACAACCCGCAGCUGGAACUUCUCGAUUACUUGAAAUCGAAAAACAUCGUUCCACAAGCAUACUCGCCCCUUGGUUCGACCAACUCUCCACUAUUGACUGACGAGUCUGCCACAGAGAUUGCAAAGAAACGUGGUCUCAAGAGCACGUCUGAUGUCCUUCUCGGUUACUUGCUGGCGAAGGACAUUAUUGUCCUUCCCAAAUCAGUGACGCCAUCCCGCAUCGAAUCCAACUUGAGCGGUACGCUAAAGGCGUACAACGUGCUGACGCCAGAGGACAUCAAAAUCCUUGACGGCGUAGCUGCGGGUGGCAAACAGAAGCGUUUCAUCAUGCCCCCUUGGGGUGAGUGUUGGUAAUGGCCGAACGUGAUGGUAUUGAAAUUUGUUGUCCAGGUAUUGACCUAGGCUUCGAUAAUUGGACUGCUUCAACCAAGUGAAUUGGAGAGCACGAUUGUAACAUUUGAGGCAGACACGAAAGUUGUCUGUAGAUGUAGAACUGCAUGUACUUCAUAGGAUACGUUUUCCACAGAAUUGACUGGCCGACGUGGUAAAUGAUGGGGCGAGGCGCAUAAUGCGAC